AUGUCGAACUCGUUCAUUGAGUUGGCAGAUCCCGUACAUGUCAAAAACAGCCUCGAGUCCAUCUUCUCAGGGGAUAUCGUGCACCUACAAUGGUAUCUACCGUGGAUACUACGCAAAAUAUGUUCCGACACCGCAUCUUCCGAGACCGCGGACCCCUCGACUUUUGAGGGCUCUAUGUAUAAUACCGGCAGCAUAUCCUCUCGAUCGGCACUUGGUGCACUAGUACAAACCGCGACGCUCAUCAGGACAGGCUCUGAACCCACCAUCGAGUCCAUUGCAGACGCGCUCAAAAACACGUUCCACCACCGGCCAGCCUCCGCCGCGACGGAUGAUCAACGUUCUAUCGCAAGGCUAAGCCUUGCCUUUUGCAUCCUCUCAUGUCUCACCUUUCUCUAUGAGCCACAGCCUACCGCCUCUGAACAAGUGUUCCGCAUCGUCCCCCCCUAG